GGAAGAACCUUCCAGUGUUGUGUUUCGUACCUAGAGGUCAGGAUCCCACAGUACCGGUAGUUUCAAAUCAGUUUAUCCGUGAUUAUGGAUACCAUUACGUGGGAUACGAAUUUACUCGUAAAUAUCGUUAUAAAAAUAUUAAGAUGUUUCGAAGAAUGGAACACCAGGUCUUCAUUUGAGAAAGUGAAGUACAGUUAUAUAGAUGUUACAUUAGUGAACAAUGACACAAUGUAUUAUACGAUACAAAUCACAAAUUAUGGACAAUCUAGAAAUGAUGUUUUAUCAUUUUCACGUGAAAUAUUUUGGAACUUCAUUACCACAAACACCGUUUUUAAAAAUUCAGUAAUUGCUACAGUAUGUAGUCAGAACGAAUAUAGCGACUCUCAGGAAACACUAGAUAUAUAUUUCGUGUCUAAUCGUUUAUCAUUGGUGCAUAGUAAGAAAAACGUAAAUCUUAUCAAUUUCCUCUAUCAGAAAGCCUACUUAUCUUUCGUAAUUAAGGAUAAACUAAUUUUUUCUGACAGAGAAAAAUUCACGAAUAUUAUAUUGAACGAAAUAAUUUUAUUACAGCAAUUCAAUUUCCAUAUAAAGUUUAUGGUUCAUAUUAACCAAAACAUGUUAUACAGUAAUUAUAUUACACUUGAUAACCAUUACAGAUCAUGUCAUGUGCUUGCUAUUGCUUUAUCAAAUAUAAUUAAACAUAGUUCAAGUAUUGAGUUCAAGGAAAAUUGUUUUUCUAUGUUAAACGUGGAAAAUUCACACGAGGUAGAAGCAGCACUUAUGAUUAAAUUAAUACCGUUAAUUAAUGAAAAUUAUAGCUUUCCUAGCACUAAUCAAUCAGAGGAAAAAUAA